AUGGAUGAUAUGGUAAGAAAGAAUGAGAAAGAGAAGAUACCAACAAGAGCUCGCCGAUUCGCCAAGCAAGAGCUCGCCGAUGAAGCUCUCUACUACGGCAUCGAGUCGCUGCUCAAGUCGGCGAUGCUGCCGCCGCCGCUGUCCGGAAUCGACGCCUCGAUUGUCACGACAGUACAGCCCGCCUCCGACGGCCUCCCCUCGGCGAUCACAGCCGGCACCGACGGCUCCGUUUGGAUCGCGCACGGCGGUCAAAUAUCCAGCUACGAUUGGAAUCUGAGCCACGCCGGAACGAUCCGGACUCAUUUGGAGGACAUCAACUCGAUUUGCCGAGUCUAUCCCGAAAUCGCCGCCGUAGGAUCCGAAACCGAUCCCGGACUCCACUUCUACGACUUCUCCGGCGUCCGAAACAUGGGGUCGAUCCACUGGACAGACCCGACCGACCCGAGAAUCUUCAAGGCCCGAGUCACGGCGGUUGCAAACUCGCCGAGCUCAGUCUUCGCCGGCUUCGACUGCCCGCACAGAGAGAACUGCAUCUUAGUGAUCGACAAGUCAACGCUCAAGAUCGUCGGCGAACUGAGCCGGCAAUCCGGAAACUCGGCGAAGAAUUUGGCUGUCGGAAAGCUGAAGUGGCUGCCGGAGAUGGGCUUGAUUGUUGGCAGCUCCGUCACUUCCGGCGCGUUUGGGUAUUCAGGUUAUAUCAGAAUGUGGGACCCGAGGUCGAAGGAGGUGGUUUGGGAGACGAACGAGCCAGGCUCGGGCCGGAGCAGUAGGUUCGGGGACUCGUUCGCGGAUGCCGACGCGAACAUUGAGGAGUCGACAUUGUUCAAGGUGUGUUCCAAGUCUGGAGAUUUGGCAAUGGCAGACCUGCGUAAUUUAGGGGAUGAUCCGUGGGUCUAUUUACAAGAUAAGAACCCAAGCAUGAGGACUAAAGGGUGUGUGAAUAGCAGUAGUAGUGUGGUUCAUUGUUAUGGAAACCAAACCUUUGUGGGGAGAGAUGGUGAAUUGGAGGUUUGGUCUAGGCUUCCGAAAGCCGAAAACAGGGUGGAUAGAGAGAGUGAGGUUUGUGAGGGAUUGUAUAGGAGGAAUUUUGUGGAUAAAGAGGAGGAUGCUCAGAGAGGGAUUAUAAAGAGAAUCGAAGGCGGUGGGAAUAGGCUGUUUGUUGUUAGAGAAGAUGUUGAAGGCAUUGAGGUUUGGGAGAGCUCUCAUUCUUCUGGUGCAGUUUCGGUUUUGUGAAGCAGAACUAGGCUCUGUAAUGUCCAUGUGUUACUGUACCAUAUUUGAAUUUGUGAGCAGUUGUUGACACAUGUGUGAGGUUUAGAUAUCUCAUUUACCUUCAGUAUGGCUCAAUUGUAACUGAUCCAAGUCACAUUUUCCUUUAUUCAUGCCAAAAGAGGAAAUGCCUUGAAAGCAAGUUGGCAAAUUAAUUUCAGAGUGUUAACUAUGAGCAAUUUACUUCCCUUUCAAUUAGCUGAUACUCUGGAUGGCUUGAAUUUUGUUGUAAGUGAGGAGGCAGUAAAACCAUUUUGGAACAAUUGCAGGCUGCUAACUGUUGGUAAGUACAAUCAUUUUGCAUCAAUGCAAUCACGCUUUUCCCAUGCCAUUUACUUUGUAGUGCCUUGGUUGAUAUUGAAACCUUAA